UCCCUCUCCUCGUCCUUGGGACUGUCCAUUCGGAUGCGGAAUGGUCUUUUAUUAGAUUCUACCUUUCUAGCACCGUGCUUGCAGCGCAUAUUUAUACGUGCUUGAUCCAUCUUCCGUUCCUAGAAACAUGCGCGUAUACAAAGCGCUGCUGCUGCUGCCGCUGGCCGUACCCGGUUGGGCCGGGUCACUGAAUAGACCGGUCUGGGGAAAACGACAACUUCCGAAUGAUCCCACUGGCGUCAAGACUAUUACGACCCCUAACAACGUUACCAUCAGGUACAAGGAACCCGGAAGCGAGGGCGUUUGCGAGACCACGCCUGGAGUCAAAUCAUAUUCAGGAUACGUGGAUCUUUCGCCUACAUCACAUACCUUCUUUUGGUUUUUUGAAGCCCGCCACGAUCCCGAAAACGCCCCGAUUACUCUCUGGUUGAAUGGCGGUCCCGGAAGUGAUUCCUUGAUUGGCCUUUUUGAAGAGUUGGGCCCUUGUCAUGUGAAUUCUAGCUUCGAAUCCUAUCUCAACCCUCACUCAUGGAACGAAGUUUCCAACCUUCUUUUCUUAUCGCAGCCACUGGGUGUCGGAUUUUCUUAUAGCGACACGGAAAAUGGAUCCUUAAAUCCCGUAACCGGUGUGGUCGAAAAUGCGACCUUUGAUGGGGUUAAGGGUCGCUAUCCCAAGAUCGAUGCUACUCUAACAGACACUACCGAGCUUGCUGCGUAUGCCACAUGGGAAGUGCUCCAGGGCUUCCUUGGAGGCCUCCCGCAGCUGGAUUCGAGGAUCAAAUCCAAGGACUUCAGUUUGUGGACGGAAAGCUAUGGAGGGCAUUAUGGACCGGCUUUCUUCAAUUACUUCCAUGAACAAAACGAAAGGAUCGCCAACGGGACGGUCGAUGGGAUUCACCUUGAUUUCAAUUCUCUCGGCAUAAUAAAUGGUAUCAUCGAUGAGGCCAUCCAAGCAAGCUAUUACCCCGAGUUUGCAGUUAAUAACAGCUACGGUAUCAAAGCCGUUAAUGAGACGGUUUACAACUACAUGAAAUUUGCCAAUACCAUGCCAAACGGAUGUCAAGAUCAGGUUGCUCUGUGUAAGCAAACCAACAGAACGUCAUUGGGUGAUUACGCCAUCUGCACCGAAGCAACCAACAUGUGCAGAGAUAAUGUUGAGGGACCUUAUUAUGCCAUUGGGGAACGCGGUGUAUACGACAUUCGACACCCAUAUAAUGACCCAACUCCUCCCAGCUGGUACAACAACUACCUCGAAAAGGACUCAGUUCUGAAUGCUAUUGGCGUUAACAUCAACUACACCCAAUCCAACGACGACGUAUACUACGCAUUCCAACAGACAGGUGACUUUGUGUGGCCCAACUUCAUCGAGGAUCUAGAGGAGAUCCUGCGACUCCCCGUGAGGGUAUCUUUAAUAUACGGGGAUGCUGAUUACAUCUGCAAUUGGUUCGGAGGCGAAGCCGUCUCUCUUGCGGUGAACUACACGCACACAUCCAAGUUCCGGGCGUCGGGCUACAUCCCCCUGACUGUGGAUGGCGUUGAGUAUGGCGAGACGCGCGAGUACGGUAAUUUCUCCUUCACUCGAGUAUACCAGGCUGGCCACGAGGUCCCAUACUAUCAACCUAUCGCCUCUCUUCAACUGUUCAAUCGGACCCUGUUCGGAUGGGAUAUCGCCGAGGGAGCGACCCAGAUCUGGCCCGGGUACAGCACCAACGGAACGGCAAGGGCGACACAUACCGAGUCCUAUGUGCCGCUACCCACCGCUUCCCCAAGCGCCAGGGUUCUGUGAUUCGGCUCAGAGAGCUUGUGCUGUGUAAUUGGCGAUGGUGUGCGUGCGAUAGAAAUGAACAUAGGAGAUAGCAACCGAAAAUCCAUCCAGCUGUGCGCAUGUUCACCGUCAGCA